AUGUGGAGGAAUAUAGAUCAGGAGGGAAGGGCAAUAAAGGUCACAAAGCUCCCUCCAGGAACUUCAGAGGAACAAAUAAGUCUCUUCUUUGAAAAUCGUAAGAAGAGUGGAGGUGGAGAGGUGGAAAAAGUGGAGUAUGAUGAAGUGACCAACAGUGCUGUUGUGUGGUUUAAGGAUGUUGAGGUUAUUUCAAGUGUUCUUCAGAAAGCUCCACUUCUUUUCAAUAAAAAACAAAUUGGUGUGGAACAAGUAAGGAUAUAUGAGGUGAAUGUGAACAAAAAAGGAGCAGAGAAGGUUUCAGGCCCUUUGUGUACCAUAGAGGUUAGAGGUAUGAGGGAAACAACAUCCAUAGAUAGUGUAGAACUAUACUUUGACAACAAGAGGAAGUCAGGAGGUGGAGAUCUGGUAGAGAUCAAAGGUGAAGUGGAAGAUGGAGUCCUGUAUGUCACAUUUGAAGAUGAGGAAACUGUUAGGAGAGUUCUCCAGCGAGAGCAUAGAGUUGAUGGAGCCACUUUACAAGUCAAACUUUACCAGCCGCCCAAACCCGUACCAAUGUACCAAGACAGAGUACUGAUUAAAGGUUUCAAUCCAGAAACAUCAGAGGAUGGGCUUAUCAACUUCUUGGAGGCCAAAUCUGGGGAAGAUGUCAAGGAUGUGGUGUACGGUCAAAUGGAGGGAACAGCUAUAAUUGUUAUUUUUGAGGAAUUAAAAGGUGCUGUUCCUUCAUCAGAGUUCUACAAUACUUUAAUUCAGAUCAGUGUGCCUGAGUAA